CAUUGAGUAGUUGCAUAGUUGUCAUUCUAGAUGUUUUCUAGCCAUCGUCGUUUAAAACGCAAGACUCCAGCGGAGGGCAUAGAUCGACGCGAAUAUAUUGGCCACCUUGUGGACGAAUAUUACAUCUCAACAAACGUCGAGGCCCAGGAGCAGGUAACCGCUAACUUGGCGAACUUUGCCUACGAUCCGAUUAAUUGGCCCCAUUUGCACGAAGCCGAAGCGUUGGAUGUAUUUGUGGCAGCUUUGGAUACGCAGAACCCCAAUCUACAGCUGCAUGCGGUAGCGGCGUUGUGUAAUUUUUGCUUGGACAGAAACGCCGCCAAAUUUAUAAUUGAACGUAUAGCUAUAAUUAGAGGCUUGUUCCUGCGCACAGAGCACGCUGAUAUUGUGCUGCACUGCCUAACACUACACUAUCAACUGCUGAGCGCGGGAUUGGGUACCAAGGAUCAGCUCAUAACGCCAGCAUUGCUGAAGCGCGUGCAGUACUGGCGCCAGGAAUCCAACGACGAACGUGUUAUCAAGCUUUGUGCGCAAUCCAAACUGCGACAGGUUCAGGUGGUAAAACGCUUCACUCAGCAGGAUCUUGAGACAUUCGCCCAGUUUACUGGAGACUAUAACUUUAUACACGGCAAAGACAUGCCCGUUGAAGAACGGCGCGUUCAUGGUGCCCUGCUUAAUGCAGUUGUGGCUGGCAUCAUAGGCACACAAUUGCCAGGACCAGGCACUGUGGUGUUGGAACAAAGCUUCAAGUUCUUGAAACCAUGUCGCAUAGAAACAGACACCCUGGUGACUGUGCGUCUGCUACAAGCGCGUAAAAUAGCCACCGUGGAGUACGAGUGCAGACAGCACGAUGAUGUGGUCUUUGCUGGCCAUGCCAAAUUGCUGACACGCAAAGCUGACCCUUAGUUUAUGCAAAUAAAUCAAUUUACAAUUACUUUUUGUGUAUGUAUUAAUCAAUCUAUUUCUU